AUCACACUAGUAAGCACACGCAGCUGAUGAGUUGGCCAUCCCCUCAAUUUGGGGAGGUGAUGCCAGUAACAUUACUAACCCCUUUUUUUUUUCAAUUUUACCCAACAGGAAGCUUGGAAAGGAAAUUUUCAAGCUGUUUGGAGUAUAAAAAGUCCUCCAGUUAGACUGAUCUUACAGACCUCUCCUGGCAGCUCUAAUACUGCAAUAUUUGAAGACAACAUCUAAGCAAGAAAACAAGAGAUGGCUUUCUCGUGGCUCAGCACUCUGCUUUUUCUCUUAUCGGCACUACUCGUUGAAAAUACUCAGAUCAAGAAGAAUGUGUGCUGGGACAACUGCUGCCUCUUCAUUGAGAAUUUCCCUGUGAGGCUCAAGGAGCUCAGGACUGCAUUUUCCCAGAUAAGAGAUUAUUAUGAAGCCAGUGAUGAGCUGAUUGACACGGCGCUGCUGGAUGAGGCUUUGCUGGAAGAGCUGCAUAGCCCUUUCGGCUGCCAUGCUAUGAAAGAGGUGCUGCGUUUUUACCUGGAUUUGGUCCUGCCUGCGGCUGUGAAAGACAAGGGCAACGAUUUUAAGCACCCCCUCGACAGCAUUGGGAAUAUAUUCAUCGAUCUGAAGGCGAACCUCAACCGCUGCCGAAGGUACUUCUCUUGCAAGAAAACCUUUGAGAUUGAGAACAUCACGAAUGAGUAUAGAAAAAUGGAGGGCAAAGGACUUUAUAAAGCCAUGGGGGAGCUGGACCUGUUGUUUAACUACAUCGAAGAGUACCUGGUGCGCAAAAGGUCUCACUAGAGGCAGACUGGGCAGGAUUUCCCCGUUAUCAGACUGUAGCAGCUUUUAAAAAACAACCCUUUUAACACUUCUGUUUACAGCAGGGAUGGGUAACCCUGUUCCAAGAGGGACUCGGUCUCUUCUGAUUUCACACUGCCUCUAGCCUUAAUUAACUGGUUUAGAUAAGUCCAGUCUUCUCUAGGUCUGAACCGGUUGUUAAUUUUAAUGUACGUCUAAACCAGCAGUAAUCCACAGUCCCCAGGAACUGAAGUUACCCAACCUGUGUUCACAGGCUUCCAAGUGAGUGUUCAUUUAAAAAAAGAGUAAGAGAAAGAUUUGUCCAUGGCACAUUAGUGUCAAUGGCUUGUGCCACAGUAACACUACUUGAAGCCUGAUUUUUUUCCUUGUAUUUGAAAUACUAUUUAAACAUUUAACUGCCAAAAACUGUAGUACAGUGCCAAUUUUUAAGAUAUUUUACAUAGUUCUAAUAGAACUUAAUUGUAUUGCACUGGGCUGGUUCUGUGGAAAGUGUGACUGUGCUUUGCUGACUUGAUCAUUUGAAAACAAAGCAGUUUACUGCACCUUUAAUACAAAUAUUCAUGUUAAUGUACACAGAGCAACAUCGUUAACUGGUAUUUCCUUGUGUUUUAUCUGUGAAAAAAAGCUUUUAAAAUAAAAACAAAACCUACUAUGAAUAACCUUGCACUUAUAAUGCAGGCAGUGUGCAUAUGAGUACAGUACACUUUGCUUUUUCUGGAGAAACAUAUAGAUUCUUAUGAAUCUGAAUUUCUAAACUCUUUAUGAAAAGCAAAAUCUAUUUGAACUGAGGAAGAACUACAAAAAACAAUUAUAAAAAAGUCAUAUUGACACAAUGACAUUGUUUACUCAGUCACACUGGUGUAUGGCACUAGAAAAUAUUAUAUCCUAGGAUAUUUUAUCUGCUGUUUGUAUCCAAAGUAGAAUUUACAGUCUUCUACCAUUAAUUUAUAUAAAUAUUUGUUUAUAAGAACAGUGCUUGAAUAUGAACAAUUGUAUUUAUUUAUGUUAUUUGAUAGUAUUAUUUCCUAAGUUGAAGUGCAAAUUUAGAAUAUGAUGUCUAAAGAUUGUCAAAGUUUGUUUGGAUUUUCCAAAAGAGUUCAUUGGAUCCAUUGUGAAAAGUAUUGUUUGAAUUAAGAAUUUUGACUGCAAAAGAUGUUUUCACCAAUAAACCAUUUGUAUCUCGCACACAAUUGGUCACAAGUGCAUUUUUACAAAUUGGAAAAUUUAAUAGAAAAGGCACAAUGUAUAUCACUAGGCUGAACUGAUGUUAAAUUGUUGUGUCAUUCAUAUAAACAUGACCAGGUAUUUGUAAUCCAUGCAAAUAUAACCAGAAAUUGUAUAUGGUUGUGAGGUUGUGUGAUUGUACUAUGUACUGUAUUUAUGCGUGUGUGGUAUUUUUAUUUUCAUUCUCUUAAUAACAAUAAAUGUUGUUCAUUCAAACUUCCUUCUCUUAACUGUGGUUUCUUUUUGACCUGGGUUUUAAAAUCAGUGCCUCUUAUGUGUGUGUGUUGUUUUUGUGAAACAUCAGCUUCUAUGUAGUGUCUAAAACAAA